AUGCCCACUUUUCAAGACGACGUGAGCUCCCAGGCGACGUUUAAGAGAUUGAAACGUUUAUGUGUCCCAUUACUAGAGAACUCGGUAUUGUCUCCGACUUCACUCCCUACGGUAUCCAGGCUCCUCUCCGAGCUUUCUGCCAUUUUGCAAGGCGUACAGUCUUCUGGGGAAGCUCUCAAACCAUCUAUUGUCUCCUACAUAUUCUUCCCAUUAUCCUCCAUUCUGCGGCGCAAUCCCCUAUCGUCUGUAUCGGACCAAGUGCUGGAGAAAAUAUUCAUAAUUCUCAAUAUUCUGUGCGAAAGCUGGUGGUGGAAUUUCGACGAGACUAUGUGGGAGCAGGUCUUCCUCUUGUGUGGUGCUGUUCUUGGCGGGAUAGAUAGUAAAGGAAAAGGAAAAAUGCGGGAUGACGAGACAAAACAAGCGGCUUCAACUUGCUUAUGGACCCUGUUGCGGAUUCGAUCUCCUGAUGAGGACCCUUUCGGCUCAGCGCAACCCCUACGUUCAGAACGAUUGGCCCACCGCUUUCAAGCCCACGCGCGGACAAGCACCUUCAUACCUGUCUUAGGCCAAACCAUCGAUUCCUUGCUUGUUGCAGCUCAGUCGUCGCAUUCAUCACUUCAGCGAUCAUCGCUCCGAGUUCUCUACAUUCUCAUCGAAGACUAUCUACCGGAUAAUUUUGUCCCUUCCAUUCUCCCGGGAGUAUUCAGCACGACAAGCAAAAUUGCUUUGGCUACCGGUGUCUCCAAGGGAUGGGCAAAUGGCGAUAUCGUUUCUGAAGCGCUUCGGGUAAUGCAGAGCGUCAUCGUCAGAUCCGUUGGUAACGAUAUCUGCUGCAGGGAUGGUGCAGUGAAAGGGUACCAUGACCUUGAAGAUCUCGUGCAUAUCGUGGACUUGGAUGAGCAUGGGAGUAAUCGAAGGGCGGGCGGCCCCCCAUAUGCCACAGAUCGCACUUCUGCGUGGUUACGAGGGACGGCUUCUCAGCUGCACAUUGGCAUAAAUGCACUGACGUCUCUCGUCAAUCACCCCAACCCAUCUGCACUUAUUGCCUUGGCUACAUUUUCCGAGACAGUUCUCUCUGAAACUACCUUAACCGUGCCUCAGUCACAGUCCAUCCUCCUAUCGUUUCUCCUCGCACUUUCUCGUUCUGAUUUUGACAGUGUCUCUGCGAAAGCCAGCUCUGCUCUGAGACAGCUUCUGACACUCCCCUCGAGCGCACGAUUCACGAUUAUGCAAGUGCUUAUGCAGAUCUCGAAAGAUAAUUUGGCCGCUCUUCCCCGCGCCAUCGUAACGCACGCAGACGCUAAAGUGGAACAUAUAGCGGGUAUCCUAGAAAGCAUUUGUCUUCUUGCUACUGCGCAAGGCAGAGGUCAACGAGGUAUUUCGCCAAUCGCGUCUGGUGUGGGAAAACUCUUAGGUCCUAAUGGCGGUAUUGAAAAGUGGGGCUGGAACCUGUUGUCGGUUCUUGAGUUUGUCGAUGGUCCACUUCUAUUUUUAGGUCCACCCACAGCCCCAUACAUGCUCGAAGGAAACGCAGCCGACUUAGAUUCGAUACCAUUUCCUGGGAUCGGACUGAGGCACAUUACUUCCCGUUCUGCUCUGAUGGCAUUGGAACGAAUGCUUCGCGCCAUGGGAAAAGCAGCCAGAGAGGACUGUAUAUUUGCCAUCGACUGGUUCAUGAGUGUUGGCCAGAGCGGUCGAGGGACGAGAGCCGUGGCAGCGCUCUGGUGUACAUGUCGGCUAAUCGAAGGCAUCUCUGAUAUCAAUUUGAGCGACAAGGACUCUAUCCGUGUCCGCCCCUUGACAUCUACCAGCAAGAGGGUGGAUAGACUAGCUCGUGGCAUUGCUAGAAGAGUAUCUGAGUUCUGGGCGAACAUAGAUUCAGUCGAUGAGGUUGAUCAAGAGCAUGUCACAACGGUCCAGGGCGAUGAAGAAGAAUUGAUGGUUGAACACGUCAAGGGGAUUGUAACUGUUCGCAUCACACCCGACUCGGAGCCGCGUUCAGCACCGCUCGGAGAUUCUUCCAAAGUUUCGCUGCAUAGGGCACUUUCUCUCCAAGUACUCGCUGUUACGGCUGGUAUCCUUGAGGCUCGGUUCACAACUCUGCUGCUGCACACACUCUAUCCAGUCCUUCACUCACUUGUCUCGGAGGUAGCGCUUGUAUCUUCCACUGCAUUGGCUACGCUAUAUUUCAUUUCUAGAAAUGCAUCGUACGCAUCACCCGCAAAUAUGUUACUCUCCAAUUUCGAUUACGCACUCGAUGCCGUUUCACGCCGUUUAACUCGCCGCUGGUUGGAUGUUGACGCCACGAAGAUUUUGGCGGUCCUAGUGCGAAUUGUCGGCCACGACGUUGUACAAAAAGCAGGAGAUGUAGUUGAGGAAUGUUUUGAUCGCCUCGAUGACUACCACGGCUACGAGAACGUUGUUGAUGGUUUGGUAGAGGUGUUGACAGAAGUGGUUCGCGUAGUUGAAGACGACGGAAGAAACCGUUCUACGAAGGUUCAGGAAGCCCGUCAUAUGUGUGUGCCGAAAUCAGAUGUCAUCAACAUGGAGGCAUUUGCGACCUGGUUGGCGCACAGAUGCGACCACCCAGAGCGUCAAGAGGGUUAUUGCGGCGACGCUUCGUAUCCCCGGAGAGCAUGGGGGAUGGAAUCUCUCGAAGACGAACAGCAUGCAGAUACAGCACCGGAAGCCGACUUGAACGCUGACUCGCAAAUAACCUCCACACAGACCUUGACGAAACAGAUUGUAUCUCGUUCCAUGUACUUUCUCACUCACAGCUCUCCCCUCAUUCGCGCGCGCAUCCUGAUGCUUCUCGGCUCGUCGGUCCCAGUGUUACCUGAAUCAGCUCUACUUCCAUCUAUCCAUCAGGCCUGGCCAUUUAUACUUAACAGGCUCUCCGAUCAAGAGUCUUUCGUCGUCAGCGCCGCAGCCUCACUGGUCGAAUCACUCGCCACUCAUGUCGGUGAUUUUAUGUAUCGCCGGGCGGGGCAUGGGCGGGGUCGGCACAGAAUUGGCGUAUACACACUCACAUCGACUUUAUCGAUCUGUAUUGAAGACGAUGACGGCGGCCGUGGCAGGUGUCCAGACCCAAGACCCAGCGAUAUGGGAGGUAAUCCUCUUGUUUAG